GCGCAGAGGCGGGAAGAACUCGGGCUGCUCCAAGUAUCUCGACUGGACCCUGAGCAGCCUCUUCUGCCCGGGUGGCCUCUCCUCAGGGUCUAACCACCUCGCGCCCCCGCGCGUCCGUCUUUGUUUCUGAGCUUGCUCUGAAAGUGAUGUAACGAGGCCAGGCUCGCGAGCCGCUUUCCCUCUUUCCUAGAUUAAGUCCUUCCUCCCUUCAGCUCCCGCGCUCUGCGAGCAGAGCUGAGCGCUGGGCUGCACACUGCUCCGCUCCCAAAGCCCUGGAGACCGACGGGCACAGUUGGGAAAGACAGGCUCCCACGUCCCACCUCCUGGAUGCAAAAUCGGUGGGAAAAGGCAGGCUUUCCUUCCAGAAACAAGGGAGAGAGCCGAGGGGACAGCUGCUGUGGAGAUUUUUAAGGAGACUCAGACUGGCUUCUUUCCCUGCUCCUGGGAGACGACAAGAAACCUCAGUGCAGUUUUGCCUCUGACAGUAGAGAAGAACGUUGCUCCCUGGCCAGCAGGUAGCCCCCAACCUGAAUGGAGUGAAAGAUGCGGCCUGAUGACAUUAACCCAAGGACUGGUCUGGUUGUGGCCCUGGUCAGUGUCUUCCUGGUCUUUGGCUUCAUGUUCACGGUUUCUGGGAUGAAAGGAGAGACUCUGGGAAACAUCCCCCUCCUGGCCAUAGGGCCAGCCAUCUGCCUACCAGGCAUCGCGGCCAUUGCCCUGGCCAGGAAAACUGAGGGAUGCACCAAGUGGCCGGAGAAUGAGCUGCUAUGGGUCCGCAAGUUGCCCUGUUUCCGGAAACCCAAGGAUAAGGAGGUGGUGGAACUGCUGAGGACCCCUUCAGACCUGGAGUCAGGCAAGGGAAGUUCAGAUGAGCUGGCGAAGAAGGCGGGCCUCAGGGGGAAGCCUCCCCUCCAAGGGCAGGGCGAGGUGCCUGGGGCCAGCUCCAUCACCACCCCCACACCCAUGAAGGAAGGAGAAUGUCAGAGCCCUGUCCAGAGCAGGCAUCGAGAGGAGACAUCCAGAUACCUGGAUGGCUACUGUCCCUCAGGCAGUUCCAUCACCUACAGUGCCUUGGACGUCAAGUGCUCAGCCUGGGACAAGUCUGAGUGCCCUGAGCCCGAGGACAGCAUCUUCUUUGUGCCCCAGGACAGUAUCAUUGUUUGCUCCUACAAGCAGAACAGCCCCUAUGACAGAUACUGUUGUUACAUCAAUCAGAGCCAAGGCAGGUGGGAUCACGAGACAAUAGUCUAAGCUUUGCAUAAGAGGGUUGCUGUGUUGACAGAUACAUGACUACACGCAGCUCCCAUUGGAAGGAAACUGCCCUGCUCCAGCAGCCUUCACACUGUUAGAAACUAACCUGGUAUGUGAUGGGUGUGCAAAUCUCCGGUGCCUGAGAGCCAUGUAAAUUAGGCACGUUGGGGACAUUUUAGGGAAGGGUGAUAAGGGUUAAAGACACUGAAAGAGGCAAUGGGUCGAAAAGCAAACAGUUCAAAUUGCUUUUUAACAAUUUAAACCAUGUUCGAUGUUCUGUAAAAUAACCCCAAAAGUGCUACCCAGCCAGUACCUGCUGAAAGCAAGAUAAAUCUAGAGUGGGCUGCAGAUACCAGGCAUGAAAUGAUAUGUGGACUAUUCAUAGGGAAACUGAGCUGCUUUCGGUCUGAAGAAAUUGAAAGAAAAAACAAUUCAAUGUUUCAUUAUAUGAAAUGAUCUUGUCUGGUGAAAGCUUUGCAUGCUCAGUAUUUGCUGAAAGAAAAAAAAAUUAAGAUAGAUUAAGAUAGAAUAUCUACACCCUUCUGAAGGUGCGAUGGUUACAGGAGAAAGGGGAGUUAAAGGCAGUUGAAUUAUGUAGUUUUAUGGUAUUAUCUUCAGACAAGAUCAGGGAUUUUAAAUAAAGUGAAGUAAAUGUGACCGGUUGUGUGAAAAACUAACAUUUUUAGAUGGCUAUGUUACUUCUUAAACUCUUCAUUUAAAUUGACUUAUUGGGUCUUUAUCUGAAGUGUUUUUUAGCAUUUACUAUCUUUCAUGUAUAAUUUCCUCAUCAGGUGCAAUAUGAAUUGAUGUAUGAUAAUUUUCAUAGAUUAGAGUCAAAAUGGAUUUUACAUAUGUAUACACGUGUCUUUAACAUUCCUGGGAGAUGUAAUUACUAUUCCUAUAUGCCUUUUAAAAUCUGAAGACUAUGACAUCAAUACCACUAGUUUUGAACUUUAUGCAGAAUUUAUAUGAAAUGCAAUGGUUCGAUUUCUGGAAAUGUCAUUAUUUACAUAUUUGUUGAACACUUCCAAAGACUGUAAAUGCCAAUGAAAUAGCGUUAAUCCACUAGAUUUAACUAAAGCCCAGUUUUUAUUAAGUUCACCUGAUCAGUGAACAUUAUAUGACAAAAGCCUGUUUUAUUUAAUUUUUUGCCUUCGAGGAAAAAAAAUCAUAAUAAAAUCCUAAACUGUAUUUCCUAUUUCAUUUGCUCAACUGGCAAUCAACCAAAAUACCAUUUGACAGCUACUGAAGAGAAAUACUGAAUUAUAGAUAGAAAUGAUCAUAUAUUUCAUCUUAAAGAUCAGGAUUAGUUUGUAUCCUUCAAAGAAUGAUUUAUUUCUCAUGAUCAUACAGUUUCAGUCACUUUCUCCCAAAAGGGGAAUUGAGGACAAAAAUUUUGGGCAUACCUCUUUUAUGUAUUUCAGGUCCAAUUCUGCAAUUCCUUAAGUGUAGCAAUUAUUCUGUCUUAGAAUCGUGCCCUUAAAAAUCAUAAUCUUCCAAUAAAAUUCAACACUGAAAGUAUGUAAUUUUUUUUAGUAAGGCUUAAAUGUUGGAAAAUAAAAUGUGUGAUUCAGGCAAAUUUUAUCUUCUUGCACCUCAGUCCCUGAAAUGGGAGAAGAGGGACUGACUUACACUAGAUUAUUUCUAUCAUUCAUUCCCAGUUUGAAUAUUUUCUGGCAUUGUGUCAAAGGCACUUUACAUAUUGCCAUGAAAUGAAUUACAGCAAAACACAUGUCAAAGUUAUGCAAUUCAUUAUAACAAUUAUGCAACAAUGGAUUGAAUUCUUUUUGCUAUUCAAAAGAAUUUUGUAGAAGUAUGAAAGCAGAUUUGUUUUAUUACCAAAUAUCAUUUAUUUAACAAAAUACACUUCUUGGAAUAAAAUGAAGAUGUAAAGGGUAAAAUAUUUUUAAGGAAAAAAUUUACAAUGUUAGUAUUUCCCCAAAUAACUGAACACAUACUCUUGCAUUAAAUGUAAUUUACUUUGGAUUUGGAAUGGAGGGGAGAUAGUUGACUAAAAUCACAAUACCUCUUAAUAAUUCUAAAGCAUUUUGAAAGAUGGAAAUCAUGUUUCUAUGAAGGUAAAUAUUACUGGAUAACUCUUAGGAAUAAAAAUUUUCUCUAAUCUGUUUGCCAUUUAUGGACACCUUUAGAGGUGAGGAGAUGAUAAGACAACAGAGAAAGAUGUUCACAUAGACUCAGCAAAUUCUACACAGGGUCUGAAAAGAGAUGUUUAUAGUAUCAGGUAUGGUUUGGGGUUUGGAAAAGUUGUUUUCUGAUUUCUUCAGCUCAAACUCCUUGACACCAUACACAGACACACAGACAGACACACAGACACACACACACACACACACACACACACACUCUCUCUCCUCUCUCUCUCUCUCUCUCUCUCUCCAAUUUCCAAACCCAAGUCAACUACUAGUUUAGAGAGAUAAGGUAUUUUAUCCUAUUUUCAAGUUCAAUUUCAGAAGAAACUUAAAGUUUCUUCCUCCAUCUAUCUACUGAAGAUCCUUAAAGUAUCUAAGGAUGACUUUGAGGGAAUUUUCUGCAGUGCCAAAAUAAUAGUGUGCAAGUGUUGAGCUAGGAGGCUUAACUCUGAUCACAAAGUAUAAAAUGUGUGACUGUGUGUGUGAAUUUUUCUUAAUAUCUUAUAUAUUAAGCAAUCUCUGCCUAACCUGAAGCUAGGUAUCCUACUGCCCCACCUCAACACUUCUUAAGUACUAUUCAGGGUAAAACUGUCAUUCUUUUGAACAGAGGUGGAAGAGGAGAGAAAGGGGUCUGAGCCUUUUAGAGGAAAGCAGUUCAUUCCAAUUAACAUUGUUAGCAAAGUGUUAACAUUAACAUAAAUGACACGAGGGUUGUUCCUGGUAUACUUGAAGAGCUUUCAGACAGAAAUUUAAGUCAGCAUUGGUUAUUUAUUUUUAUUUUUAUUUUUGCUGUUAAUUCAAAUAGUCAUUUUAACGAUUUUAAAUAGGCAUUUUAUUUUUGAAAUCUCUACUGAAUUUCUCUUGCUCUAUAUUCCUAUUUAUAUUGCAUAUGGGUUUUUUUUUUCCCCAAACUGUUUCUUGAUCCUAAAGUGUGAAUUCAGCCAAGAUAGCCAAGCUGAAGCAUAUUUAGACAACUGUUUCAAGAUUUAGUUUCCAGUGCAAUCACGGCAAACAAAAUCCAGAUACAGUUAAGUUCAGGCUCACUUCCAAACCCUACUAACCAGUACCUUUGAGAAUGUUUUCAAUAGUGUGGAUCUUAAUAUCCAUGAAGCUGGCAAAUGCAGAGAAGGAGGAUUAUGUCUUUUAAAGGUUUUCUUCUUUUUCAAUAUCCAACCUCUAGUUAUUUAUGAAUAUCUCCCCCCUGCAUCCACAGCAUCAUUUAUUCAGUGAAUUUGCUGCUUUACUAUUAUAACAUUAAAGAAAGUGUUUUUGAAAAUUCACAGUUCUAUUAUCCUAACAGAACUACUAUUUUUCCAUUUUAGUAUAUUCCAGGCCUCCCCUACAUAUGCACCUUACAUAUUAUAAUCAUGCUUUUUUUUCUUUUCUCUUUUAGUUAUAUAAAUAUGUUUUCAUAUUUCUGUACAGUGUUCCUAAUUAUCACUUAACAAUUGUGGAAUAUGCCAUUUUAGUGAGCUACCAUAAAUUUAUCAUGCCACCCCUUACUGCUAGCCAAAUAUUAAGUGUUAUGGGUGGCUUCGUAUGUUUUUUUUUUUUUCUAUUGUUGGUAACAAAGCUACAUUAUUUGUCAUUUUCUCAAAAAUUUACAACUGAAAAGCUGUCUCCUUAUAAAUGAGAGUAAGGGGGCAGAAAUGUAUAAACAGAUCAAACACUCAAUAUUGUUUUUAUCUUCACUCAGAUAGAUGCAAGACAGAAAGGUCCCCCAUCAGGACCAGAGCCAGUCUCUUGAAGAGUAAGAUGAGACAUUUCCCUAGUUAAACUACUACUAGUAUGUAACUCAACAUUAGAUUACAGUGGUGUCCAUCUUUAAGAGCAUAAUGUCGAACAAGCAAAAUGAGAAACAUGUAGACAACAAUAAUUAAUUUGUCAUAUUUCAAAAGCAAUUUCUUAAAGUAGCUCACCACGUAUUUUAUAAUUUAUUUAAUAUGUAUAUACAUUGUUACCUAUUAGUGACUUACAAAAUGAAUUUCAGGAAUUCGAUGGACUCUAUCCAUGAGUGUUCUAUGUUUCAGUUCCUCACUGGAAACAUUAAACUGAAGAUGGAGAUGUGGACAAAUGCUUGGUUCAACCAAAUAUCUCAAUAAAGGAUUGAAUUCCAUGUAGCCUCUUGUCCCAAUAACAUAAAAGCAUGUGAACACCACUGAGUCAGAGAUACGAUGUCUUUGACUUCUUACUGCCUACAGGACACCUCCCAAAAAAAGUCUGUGUGAUGCUGUCCAGAUACACAAAUAACCGGGCACUGAUACUAGAUCUCCUUAGUCUUUGGCAAGUUAUUCUUGGGCCUGACCCUUGUUAGAGAGCCUUUCUUUAUUUCUCCCUUUAUUUCUCCUCCUCACCCCAUGUGAGAGCCUAUAGACUUGGUAUUCUCGAUGACAGAAUGAGGCUUUGGCAUGCUUCAUCCAUAAUAACGUACAGAGUUACAGAAGGACAUAAAGCUAUUAAAACAUCUCUUGUGCUGCUCUUUGCCAAAUCUGUCCCUAGAAAGUUAAAUAUAACAAAUAUUUUGCAAUUAAUCACUUCCUUAUUUUUUCAUGGUAAUUAAAAAUGUAAGACAACUCCAGUCUGAGACAAGACCACCUUUGUUUAAAAGAAUUAGGCUUUUGAAAAUUACCUGCAUGUAAUACAAAAUGAAAACUCUGGGCAAUUACCUUCUACGCAAGUGAUUAGAUCAUAAGACCAACUCACAAAGGACCACCUGUCACUGUGCUCUUUCCAUCCCACCUCCCGUGCUCUACAGCAGCUUCCUGGCUGCUUCCUGACUGAGCCAUGUGACUGCCCAUCCUGAGCCUCUAUCCUAACAAUGUUCUCUGCCACAGACACCCACCCUAUCUCUGCCCCUCUGCUGCUUAAUGCCCUACCAUCCUUCAAGGGGCAGCUGACACAUCUUCCACGAUCUUUUAGAUUUUCCCACUCAGAAGAACACUUCUAUUGUUCUCUGGUCUGACACUGCCUCCACCAUUAACACUGUGCGUGUUGCUUGAGUAUGUAUCUGUCUCUCCAACUACAGGGUGAGUCUUUUAAGGGCAGGAGCCACACUGCAUUCAUCUAUCCACUCCACUCUCCCCCCAGCACACAUGCACACUCUGCCUUGUUCAGUGAAAACUCUCAAUUGCACCAUUUGGGUCAUUCUCAAAGCCUACUUCCCCCUUUCCGGCAGGAAAAAAAACUGAAACAACCCUACCUUGUUAAUUUGAAUUAAAUCAAACGGAAUAUAGUCGGCAACAAUGUAGGUUAAAAUAGGUUUCUGUGGGUUGGGACCCUAACUUUAAUUUAGCAUUUUGUUUUUUUGGGGAAAUCACAUCUUACAUAACAAGUAGAAGAAAGAGAUAAACCUUUCCAGAACAGUUUGUCCUCCCUCUGUGACUGACCUGACUACCACUGCCUGCCUCCACCAUGAGUCAGUGACCAUACUGCGCAUGUGACAAGAACUGGUGAUUCUAGGAACGUAACAACUGAGCUUUUGAAUUCCUAACCAGAAAGAAGGUAAAUAUGUACUCGGGUUAAUCCUGUAAGUAGGUCCACAAAAUAUAAUUCCAGCUUUGACUACUGUCCCUCUAUUACUCCUCCAUCCAAUAUUUCUUUUUUUCUUUUUCUUUUUUUUUUUUUUCACUUUUUAGGGCUGCACCC